UCUAUGAUUAUAAUUGUGCUCAUAAUAUCUGACAUGAAUCCUUGCCUGUCCCCUUGGGCAAGAGUGCUGAGUUCCCAACAAAGAUAGCUGCUGGCUGUUCCUUUCAUGCGCUAUUGAGAACUGGGCCACGGUGCGAGGAAGUCAAACUGGUUGAGCAGGUGCUUGUGCGCAGCAGCUGGGAGGACAUUUGGUCUCUCCAUGAGGGUGUCGCUCGGAGAUACAGUCAAGUGGCGGAGGACAAGAGGAGUGAGCAUCAGCAAAGGGACACUCCAGAAGAGAGAAGGAGCAAGAAGGAGGAGGACCUCUGGUUUGGCUGGGAGACUGUCCUCCCAUGGGGAACGCGGGAAGCCGAGAUGAUUUCGAGUGGGUCUACUCCGAUCAGCCGCACACAGACCGAAGGAAGGAGAUCCUGGCCAAGUAUCCUGAGAUAAAGAAGCUGAUGGGCCCCGAUCCUCACCUGAAGUGGGUGGUGAUCCUCAUGGUGCUGACUCAGGUGCUGGCCUCUUACCUGGUGAAAGACCUGCCUUGGAAAUGGAUCUUCUUCUGGGCCUAUGCUUUUGGGGGCUGCAUCAACCAUUCGAUGACUUUGGCCAUCCACGACAUUUCCCACAACGUAGCUUUUGGCAACCGAACGGCCAAAUGGAACCGCUUCUUCGGCAUGUUCGCCAACCUGCCCAUCGGAGUCCCCUACGCCACCUCCUUCAAAAAGUACCACGUAGAUCACCACCGCUACCUGGCUGGGGACGGGUUGGACGUCGAUGUCCCCACUGCGUUUGAAGGCCGUUUCUUCAACUCCCCGCUGCGCAAGUUGGUUUGGCUCAUCCUACAGCCCAUCCUCUAUGUGGUACGGCCGUUGUGUGUCAACCCCAAGCCUUUCUCCCAAAUGGAAGUCCUCAACAUUGCUGUCCAGGUGGCCUAUGAUCUUCUCAUCUACAACCUUUGGGGAAUCAAGUCAGUGGUCUACAUGGUUGCUGGCUCCGUCUUGGCCAUGGGUCUUCAUCCAAUCUCAGGGCACUUUAUUGCCGAACAUUACAUGUACGCCCAAGGCUAUGACACUAUCUCCUACUAUGGGCCCUUGAACUGGAUCACCUUUAAUGUGGGCUACCACAUGGAGCAUCACGACUUCCCUAGUAUUCCUGGGAGCAAAUUACCACAGGUGAAGAAAAUCGCCUCUGAAUAUUAUGACAACCUUCCAUACCACAACUCUUGGGUCCGUGUCCUUUGGGACUUUGUUUUCAAAGAGGCGUUGGGUCCAUUUGCCCGCGUGAAGAGAAAAUACAAGGUGGAGAAAGUCUUAUGAAGCAGGAACACAAUGGAAAUGCUACCAUUUGUGGUCCCUCCCAGUGAUGGGGAAAGAGGCUGAGAAGACAACUAAAGAGGCUGAGAAAACCAAAUCUCAUUAAAUUGUAAAAUAUAUGUAUAUAUCUAAAGAAAGGACAGGUCUGUGGGACUUGGAGACCCAGAAGGAUUACUGAUGCUAAUGUGUAUUCUUAGUUUCUCUUAGAUGUUUUGCUCAGCCACGAAGUCAAGAUUGUCUUGCAGAACGGUGACUGCUGUGGCUCUGGUUUUAGAAGCCAACCCAAAGAAUUAACUGAUGUGGCCGACAAAAUGGCGGCACGGGCUUAAGACUUCUAAUUGACAACAGUUAAAUGCUAUCAUUAUAUUUUUGAAAGAAGAUGCUUGCUUGUGUUUAUUCUCUAGGUACAUAAGAUAUGGGCCAACCUCCUCCCGGUGUGCGUGCGCAUGUACAUGUGUGGGAAAGCAGGAAUUUCUCCUGGCAUCAGCUGCAGCCAGAACUACUAUUUUGUCUUUGGCCCUUUUGCAUUACACAGUUAUAGCACUGUGGUUUGGA